GAUUAACUCAGAUUAAGAUAACACAACCAGAAGACAAUAACCUAAGCAGAAAUAAAGACUCUCAGCACCAUCGCUUUUCCUUCCAUCUGAAAUCAGAUCGAAUAUCCAGUACUUCAACUUCCGUGUGUUGCAGCCAUGGCCAACAGUGACCAAAUAGUUCUGUUAGAUUUCUUUCCAAGCGUUUUUGGGAUUAGGGUAAGACUUGCCUUGGCAGCCAAGGGGGUCGAGUAUGAGGGAAAGGAAGAAGACUUGACUGGAGAUAAAAGCUCUCUGCUCUUGAAGAUGAAUCCAGUUCAUAAAAAGAUUCCCGUUUUGAUUCACAACGGUAAGCCCAUAUGCGAGUCCUUGAUAAUAGUUGAAUACAUCGAUGAGGUUUGGAAGGAUAGAUGUCCUCUGCUGCCAUCUGAUCCUUACCAAAAAGCACAAGCAAAGUUCUGGGCUGACUUCAUAGACAAAAUGGUAUACCCAUGCAGUAAGAAGCUGUGGACAGCCAAAGGAGCAGAGCAGGAGGCCAGCAAGAAGGAAUUCCUAGAUAGGAUUAAGCUAUUGGAAGGAGAGCUUAAAUCCUAUCCUUACUUUGGUGGUGAGAGCUUGGGGUUUCUGGACAUUGCUUUUCUCCCAUUUUACUCCAGGUUCUACACAUUUGAGGCUUUUGGGAACUUCAGCAUAGAGGCCGAGUGUCCCAAGUUGGUGGCAUGGGGUAAGAGGUGUAUGGAGGAGGAGUUCGUGUCCAGAUCUCUUCCUCACCAACAUAAGAUGUAUGAUUUGGUGGUGGAGUUCACGAAGAAAGUUGGGAUAUAGAUCACAUAUCAUAUACCUAGCAAAUAUCAUGUUUGAUCAACCUAGCGAGAUCCUAUGAAUAAGACGAAUGCAUCGUGGAUCAAGUCUGGGCCUCAUGCGCAUGGCCCUACUUUGUCUCUCUGUAAUCACAUGAGUGGUAUUAUGAAAGACAACUAUAUAUUUUGCUA